AUGGCGAACGCCGCGCAGCGGCCAUGCAGCAUCUGCAUGGAGCCCAUGGCGCCCUCGGAGGCCCACCGCGGCGGGAGCGCCUGCGCGCACGCCUUCUGCGGGGCGUGCCUGACGGGCCACGUCCGCGCGAAGCUCGAGUCCGGCCGCGCCGGCGCCGUGGGGUGCCUCGACGCGGCGUGCGCCGGAAAGCUCGACCCGGAGCUCUGCCGCGCCGCGCUCCCGCGCGACCUGUUCGAGCGGUGGUGCGCCGCACUAUGCGAGUCCAUGUUCGCCGGCGCGCGGCGGACCUACUGCCCGUUCCCGGACUGCUCCGAGAUGAUGGUGGCCGACGAGGACGGCGGCGACGGCGACACCGUGACGCAGUCCGAGUGCCAGGUGUGCAGGCGGCUGUUCUGCGCCCAGUGCCGCGUGCCGUGGCACGCCGGCGCCGACUGCGCUGCGUACAGGCACCGGGACACGGCCAGGGAGGACGCGAUGCUGAUGGAGAUGGCCGCGGGGAGGAGGUGGAGGCGGUGCUCCAGGUGCCAGUUCUUCGUGGAGAAGACAGACGGCUGCUUGCACAUCACAUGCAGGUGUGGCUACCAGUUCUGCUACGGGUGUGGCUCGCAGUGGGCUACGUCUUGUUCCGGCUGCACCAAUUAGGCCAUAUAUGUAUAUCCUGAGAUUAUAUCAAUGCUCAGAUGCAUGGAAGGAUGAUUAUCAUGUUGUCGUGAUAUUUAGUGGCCAGUUUGCGGAAUUGGUUGAGGAUGAUAUUUUGAUUGAGGAUGAUAACACCAAGCUAGUAAGAGGUGGUCUUAUUUGGCCAUGAUCGAGUAAAUGAAAUGAUCCAUAUUUUAGCCAAUUUACGGAUUUAUUAGUCGUUGCUAUGUGUCACAGUGAUUGUUUGCUGAAUGCGUUAUAAUGUUGUAGCUUAUCAGAUGAUAUAACUAAUUAUGUCAGCUCUACUAACCUAUACAAUAAUCAAAUGCAACAAACCGUAUGUAUUUUCAAUAUCAGUUCUCAUAUUAUUAAUCCAAGUGUUCAUGUUUCAUACAAUCAAAUUUUCUUGAAUAUUGCAACCAAUUCAUGUACCAACGUGCAAGGUAUAAUCUAGUUUCUUGAAACGGUGCACCUACUUUCUGAUAAAAGAUUAAAUCAAGUGAGAUAUAUGGGAUACACAUAUUUUAAUGAUAGUACAUGGUCCAUCCUCUUACUCUGGUGGUUGGCUGCCGGUGCCUCUUCGCGCGUUGUAUUGUGUUGCUCCACACUUCGCCGCUCGAGGAAGCACAAUAUGUAGCAUAUGCGUCGAUCUGUCAUGGUCCCUACCUUUCUCUCCCUUCUCUCAUUCGUCUGGUCGGUGAUGCACCCCCCCUCCCCCCUCUCUCUUUGCUCACCACCAAUCAUGUAUCCUACAUAGCUAGAUUGACCCGGUGGAAUCAUGCAUGAGACAACCGUGGAUAAGAGCGAGAACCUCGUUCGCUUGAACCAGAGCAAACGAGGAGGAUUUGGGGAUCAGUUGGUUAUCUUUUUGUUGCUUGAUGAAAUCUGUUUUGUUGAACUUGCAGCAGCUUAUUCAGUAAAGUUGAAAUGGA